AUGAAUGCUUUGAUGUGGGGUCAGCCUCUCCCAGGAGACCUUCGCUCCCACAUCAAAUGGUUUGAAAUGCUGUAUUAUGCUAGGGUAUCUGUGCGAGCUGGGUGCGGGCUCAGGGUGCGGCGCUCCAAUUCUUUGAGCGUGCGCCACUUUUCCUUGUCGUACUCCCCCACAACCGACGUGGGGAAACUGCUCACGCGCGAGCGGUCCAGGGCGCCUGCAGUUUCCGCAUCCCAAUUGUCUUCGAAAGCCGGGAGCAACUGCGGUUCUGGCGGCGGCGCCAACAUGAACGUGGGAGGCGGGUCACGGGCCAAGAAAGACUUGGGCUCCGUGAGAAGUGCCUUUAGCGCUUUGCGCGGAGAUCCAGAACGGGACGAUUUGGCCGACGCUAAAGAAACCAGGAACGACGCGAGCGACGCAGAGUGCCGGUGGCGCCGUGCCAGCAGCGCAGAGGCCGAGUGUUUGUGCGAACGCUGCGGCAGCGCCAGCAGCAGACGGAACAUGCCAAAAACCUUUUUGAGUGGCGACGUUGAAGCCGCACAAGGGGUUCCUGGAGGAGUGGAGGGCGGCGGGGUUUCGGGCGACUCACGCGGCGUUAGCGGCGGCGGCGAGUCUUGGCGGUACGUGUGGAGAGACGGCGCCGCAGACAAGCGGGGCGAGGGCGACUUGAGUGACGCAUGCGAUGCACGCGAAGAUGGCACGACGGGCUGCGAGUAA